GGUUAUCGAUAAGGUCUUCUGAGGUCUUCUUAUCUGGUAUUUCUGACGUUUGGUGGUAAAGUCUCACUAGCAAUCAUGGCACAAGGUAUCGUCUGCUUGUCCCUGGUAAUCCUGGGCUGUUGCUAUUUACUGUCCUCCCAUCUCAUCCAAAACCCUUUCACAUCCGAACAACUUGCAGUUCUCGCUAACGCCAACUUUAGGGAUCUUCCCUUUCGAUUACAGGUUGCCCUCAGAAGAAGACCUAAAACAGGAGACAAUUCACAUUUUUGCUGCUCCACCGAUACAAGUACUCCCAUUGGUUACAAAACAGUUUCCAAGGUUGUCAGCGAAAUCAUCAAAGUAGGAAAAGUUGUCCAGGUUGGAGAAAAUUCUUGUGGAUUUUUAAACACCGGAAAAUGUCAUCAAAACGAGCUGCGAUAUGAAGAGAAGGUGAUCACCCAUCUGACGUACGAGGAGAUGCCCUUGAUUCAGCAGUGUCCUUCUUCCAACAUCGUCUGCUGUAACCACUACGUAAACAUUACCGGAAACUGCAUGUGUAUGUGUCUUACGCGGAUCAAUUGCAGUGUCUCUUUGUUGUUUUACAUCCCAUUCAGGAUUUCUUUACUCAAAUAGACAUGUGACCAGGCUCCCUGACCAUACGUUGAGAGUAUAUUUAAGUCGAAUUACUCAUGAAUUAGUGAUAUUUAUCAGUCAAUGAAAUUCAUUUUGAGAUAUUUUCAAUUUGAUUCCAAAUGACAAUAAGGAUUUCGUGUGAUUUUAACACGCCAAGUGACUAUAACAAACUCUUAUUUUCAACUCAAGUCUACUCUCAGUUUAUUGUCAUGGGGCCUGCAUUAGGCGGAUGAACACAGAGUUUGACCAUGUGCUCAUGACCAUUAUAGUGAGGGUUCUUUGUAUGACGCUCAGGGUCAUUCUGUUUGAGUCCUUUGUGUGACGCUAAGGGCCAUUGUAUUGAGAGUUCUUUGUGUAACACUCAAGGCUAUUGUAGUGAGGCUUCUUUGUGUGACGCUCAGGGCCAUUAUAAUGAGGGUUAUUUGUGUGACGCUCAGGGCCAUUGUAUUGAGGGUUCUUUGUGUGACGCUCAGGGCCAUUAUAGUGAGAAUUCUUUGUGUGACGCUCAGGGCCAUUAUAGUGAGGGUUCUUUGUGUGACGCUAAGGGCCAUUGUAUUGAGACUUCUUUGUGUAACACUCAGGGCUAUUGUAGUGAGGGUUGUUUGUGUGACGCUCAGGGCCAUUAUAAUGAGGGUUGUUUGUGUGACGCUCAGGGCCAUUGUAUUGAGGGUUCUUCGUGUGACGCUCAGGGCCAUUGUAUUGAGGGUUCUUCGUGUGACGCUCAGGACCAUUGUAUUGAGGGUUCUUCGUGUGACGCUCAGGACCAUUGUAUUGAGGGUUCUUCGUGUGACGCUCAGGACCAUUGUAUUGAGGGUUCUUUGUGUGACGCUCAGGGCCAUUGUAGUGAAGGUUCUUUGUGUGACGCUCAGGGCCAUUGUAGUGAAGGUUCUUUGGGUGACGCUCAGGGCCAUUGUAGUGAAGGUUCUUUGGGUGACGCUCAGGGCCAUUAUAGUGAAGGUUCUUUGGGUGACGCUCAGGGCCAUUGUAGUGAAGGUUCUUUGUGAGACGCUCAGGGCCAUUGUAUUGAGGGUUCUUUGUAUGACGCUCAGGACCAUUGUAGUGAGGGUUCUUUGUGUGACGCUCAGGACCAUUGUAGUGAGGGUUCUUUGUGUGACGCUCAGGGCCAUUGUAGUGAGGGUUCUUUGUGUGACGCUCAGGGCCAUUGUAGUGAGGGUUCUUUGUGUGACGCUCAGGGCCAUUGUAGUGAGGGUUCUUUAUCCUGCCAACGGUGACACGGGACCCAUAUGUGUUAUCUCACGCCCACAAAACCCAUGACUUUCACUUCCGGUCGACAGGGGAUGCUUACUCCUCUUAGGCACCCGAUCCCACCUCUGGUGUGUCCAGGGGUCCAUGUUUGCCCAACUAUCUAUUUUGUAUUCCUUAUAGGAGUUAUGAGAUUGAUCACUGUUCGUUAUCUUCACCAUUCUUACACCGGGUGUUUGGCGAAGGUACUUGUAGUCGCUGCCUAUGUUAAACGUCUUAGGCUUGAUUUGGUAAAUUGCAUGCAUUGUUGAUGGAUAAAGACAUUUUAUCUAAAUACGUUUUGUGGGACAUUCUUUGGGAAGCUUUUUUGUGAAAAUUUACACAAAAUCUUUCGAGCAAAGGAUCAGUUAACCACAGGCAUCAUAGAAGUACGUAAUUAAGUCAAUGUACUGAGACAUGUCGUAAACUUUAGAGAACAAUGGAAUCAAAUGAGUUUAUGUUACUUACAUUCAAUGCGCUAAUUGAUGGUUUAUCUUUUUUGUAGUAAUUGCUGAAGCGUCCGCCUAUAAGCAGGACUUGAUUGAUCUUAUGCAAGCGGGACUUCUUGGUUAAAUAUAUAUCUGUAAUAAAUGUGGUAAAAAAAAAACAACCUUCAGUCUAUUCGUAAUACUUGCAUAGAUAUUCCUGUAUUUCAACGUCUGUAUGUCAGACGUCGAAGUCUGAAAGGUAUGCACUUUAUGAAGACAUUGACUUAAGUUUGUUUUAUGUAUGCAGUUGGUAAGGACAUUGGACUUUGUUUAAUGAACUGCAUGAAGUAGCUACUUUCUGAAGACAUUGAUCAUGUUUUGAGUUGAUAUUUUAUGAAGACAUUGACUUUGUUUUAAGUUUGUACUUGAUGACUUUAUUAAAACAUGUACUCGAAUGUCUAAAUUUAGAUUAACAAAAACUUGUACGAUAUGAAAAUUUUCAUGAACUCGCUUUUUUCAAUUCACCUUAAGGAUUGCUUUGUGAUAUUGAAAUAAUUCUGUAAUGAAUGCAUUUUUUCUCUAUAAUCAAAACUACUACAGAAAGACACUCCAGCAUAUGAAUUCUGAUAAGAUUAUACCAAUAAUAAUGCACAUUUUCCCGCUUUAAAAUUACCACAAAAUGUGAAAGACUCUCUCAGAAAAUUUUAAUAUCAUUAGUCAGGACAAUAAUACAGAAAAAUAUUCUACUUUAAUAUUUCCAAAUCAAAUACAGCUGAUCUGCAAAGGUCAGUUGUGUCACAGUCUGUAUAAUGGAGUGAAAUAGGGUACACAAAUAUUCAGUUUAUUCAACUGGCAGUAAUAAUACUUUUAAAUGAAGAUACCUUGGGUGCUACUGGUUUUUAAGGUUAUGCGUGAUAUACAUAUUUAGCUCACAACAAUGACAAUUCCCACAUUUCAUGUUUACAAGAUACGUUUCCGCCCAAGUCUUAUUAACCUUUCGGGAAUGGUACUGGGCAUAUGUAACUUACAAUGUAGUUCUUAUGGGGUCUAGACGUUCUAUGUAAAAAAUUCAAAGUUGCUGAAAGAGAGAUUUAGAUAUUAUUUGUGUAUAAGAAUUUAGUUACAUUUAUUAUUUAAUCUUUAUUUCAGAUUGCAGGUAUCAAUCCUUGUAUAAAGAACAAUACUUACAACUUGAAAAUGUCAAGAUAUGUAUCGUUCGUUUUGUAUUAUUUCGAAUUGACUUCUUUUAAUGAAAUAGAAAUGAGAAUCAGAAGCAUUGAAACUUC